AUGCACGACCGCCGCGUUGCCGGCGAGCUGCCACGCACGCACGACCGCUGCGCGCGGCUCCGCAUGCCGCGGCCGCGCCCCACCGCCGCGCGUGGCUCCGUUAACUCGUCGAGCUCCGCCAGCCGCGGUCGGGUCCUGCCGCCGCCCACGGCUCCGCCGGCCGCGGUCGCGCCCCGCCAUGCCCACAAGCUCGCCGCUGCGGUCGCCCUCGUCAAGCUCCGCCGCCGCCCGCAGUUCCGCCGGCUGCGGUCACGCCCCGGCCGCUGCCGGCACCGCGCGCGUCACCACGCCGCGGCCCCAGUGCGCUCCCUGAACGGGCGCCGCCAGUCCUCGGCCGGCGCCGCCGGCUUCACGGAGAUGGACCCCGCCACCACGCCGUCGACGCAGAUGGCGCGGUACCACGGGCGGGCCUCGUCCACGUGCUCAUUAGCGUCGCGGAGAUGGACCCCGCCGCCGGGGCUCCUCCCUGCUCGAGCUCCAUGCCGUCCCUCAACACCUCGAGAUCUGCGGCUCCGCGCCGCUAAGCGGGCCCGCCUCCGCGGCUCCGGACCGCGACGGUGGCUGCAGCACCUGCCUCGUCUCGUGCCGCAGGGGCCGCCGCGCCGUGCGCUGCCCUCCGCGCCAUGCCCUGACCACCCUCGCCGCCACGCCGUGCUGUGUGCUGCUGGGGCGGCCUUGGAGGCCGGCGGCUCGCAGAGGCCGGCGCGAGGCGUGUGGAGCAGCCCUGCCUCCUCAAGGAUGCGAAGGUAG